AUGCCUCACACUGGCCACUUUGACAAUACCGCCGCCUCUGACAAGGCAGUGAAGAAGACCAUGCAGGCCAAGGGCCUUGGUCAUCCGACGGCUGUCGACUCGCACCCGCAGACGGAUAAGAUGUUCCAGUCUGCGCCGGUCGUCGACGAUGCUCCCAACGCACCAUCAGAACCUAUGGAGACGCUGAAGAACCCGCACUCCGCUGGAACCGACUCGGCCGUACGCGCAGCUGGCGCGACUGGCACGAUGGAGGUGGCGCGAGACGCACCUAUGCGCAACCUCCCGCCAGAGACUGUCGACGUCGACAAGCUGUAG